CCUAGACAACACGUGUACGUCAGUUGUUUUUUGAUAAAUCUUGUCAAGUUUCCUUAAGUUGUUUCCAUUGCCAUGAAUAACUUCCAUACAGGUCAAUGGGCAUCAACGCAUCGUAUUUACGGUUACAGUCGCAUGCCCAUUUCAUCACUAACCAUAAGUUCCCUCUUUCUCGAAUAACCAUGGCAAGCAAUGGUGCGCUAGUGUGGAUUGACUGCGAGAUGACGGGUCUUGACCCGGAUCGUGAGGAAAUCAUCGAGAUUUUCUGUAUUAUCACAUCGGGUACGCUAGAUGUCUUAGACGAUAAUGGUUGGGGAACCGUCAUCCACCAGUCACAGGAGAGAAUGGAUAAGAUGGACGAAUGGUGUACGCGGACGCAUGGGAAUAGCGGCUUGACGGCUGCCGUGGUGUCUUCCAAGGUGACCCCUGAACAAGCAGCAGAUGAAUUGCUGGCAUACAUCAAGAAAUAUGUACCAGAGCGAGGCGCAGUGUUAGCCGGCAAUAGUGUACACGCAGACCGAGCAUUCCUUCGAAAAGAACCGUACAAGAAAGUAGUCAGUUACCUACAUCACCGAAUCCUGGAUGUCAGCACUCUAAAGGAGGCCGCACGGCGAUGGUGUCCUAGAAGCAUUAUAAAAAAUGCACCGAUAAAGCAGGGGCUGCACCAAGCGAAAGAGGAUAUCCUCGAGAGCAUUGCUGAGGCUCGAUAUUAUAAGGAGGUGAUUUUCGACCACGCCGUUGAGCACGUUGAUAAAGCGAACGACGGGACAAGUCAAGGGUAGACUGGAUUAAAGAAGUCAACAAUGAGCAUAUAACUCAAAUUCCUCGAAGUAUUUCAAUAUUGUAUCCAGUAGAAUAGAUGAUACAGUAUUGAAAUGCCUCCAAUUUUCAGCAUGGCGUUCACGAUAGCGUCUGUCGCGGUAUCGGAAAAGGCGGGAUGCGGUCAAUCAUUAAUAUAGAUUCGACAAUUCAUAUAUGAAAAGAAAGUACGGAUAUUGGGCAGAAAUUUCCGCGUGGCAAAUUGUUUGGUUAAUAAUGGCACCCUUCUAAUAUCAUUUUACCCAGCUACCUAAGAUGUUAUGGCAAUGCAAAGUGACAGAGAUGAUUAAUUACGUGCUGAUUUGUCGAUAGGGAGGGUUUAAUGUACGAUGUGGAUCCCAUCAGCGCACCAUGCCGCCGUUAGCUGUAGCACCUUUCUAUUUAUUUCUAUAUCUGAGGCAGAUGUUAGGCAAGUACUAUGUAAAAUAUUAGGUCGGCCGUUUCCUUAGUGUCUAUACUCCAC